AUGCCAGCACCCGGGAAAGUGAGAGCAUUGAAUCGUCGACUGUCAAAGAGGAUGAAGCUCUGCCUGUCUGUUGUCCUCGUCGCCCUCGUGGCCACCCUUCUGCCUUCGACCGAAUACGUAACCGGGACGACAAUAUGCCCUCAGGAGAACUGUCUCGAUCCAGAGAAAUGCGAUGACUCGAUCGUUGGUGGAACGUGUCCACAAUCGAGUGACACGUGUUGCAGCGUAGUGAAAUCAGACUACAGAACCCACUGUCGCCAUUUCGGUGGCGAAUGCCUGGACACCUGCGCUCAGAGUCUCCAACAAAACGUUGUCGAUUGUCCGUCCGAUCAAGUUUGUUGCACGCUAGUUGCGUAA